AUGUCGUCGUCGUCCGACGCAGGGCCGAGUACAUCGUCGUUCUCGGUGUACCGUGCUCCCAACAGCCGCGCAUACGCUCCACCACCGCCGGAAGCCGAUAAUUUUGAGCCUACGUCCGCCGAACUGCGUGCUGCGUAUGCUGACGCCAUCGCGGAAAAACAUGGACCUAACGCGCCUCUGAUGACACGAGCUAUGAGAGAGAAACGUGAGGCCGCGCUGGGAAAGACUAAGAAGCAAUACGACUCGAUCCGUAUUCGUGUCCGCUUUGCUGAUCGCACGCAAAUCGAACAGGCCUUCUCGCCCUCUGCGACAAUCAAUGACGUGUACAACUUUGUUGAUGCUGUGACAGAUCCACACCACGGUACCUAUAUCCUAUUCCAAUCGCCGCCUCGACGUGAGUUCCCACGAGCGCCCGUGGCCACUGCGCCAACGCUACUCUCUCUGGGAUUCGCACCGGCAGCCGUUCUUAGUAUACGAUGGACAGACGCGGCAAAGAAUGCAUCCCAUGCAGCUGCGCCGCUCAAACCAGACGUGCUUGGACAAGCACGCGAUAUGCCUAUCCCACCUACGUUCUCGACACCCUCUAGUCAAUCUACCACAACCUCGGAUGCAAAAGACGCGCGUGAGAAGCGCCACUUUCCCAAGUGGUUCAAAAGCACAGGCGGUAGCACUCGCCUCUCCAAGUAG